GAGAAGGAGCCUGGCAAAGGACAAGGUGGCAUCACCAACCUGGAGGCACCCAAGGAGAUCCACCAGGAGAAGAAAAUCAUCAUCAAGAGCGAGUCACCAGAACUUCCACCAGUCAUCACAAAGGUGGAGAACCUCAGCCCCGAUGGUGGCAGUGCCAUGCAGGAUAGUCCAAGGAGUGUAGCCUCUACCCCAUCCGUGUCCACCGACAGCUCCAUCCCCGACCACCACCCUUCCAGCAAUGGUUUGUCAGGCUUCAGCGUGGAGAACAUUAUGACCAUCAGGACUUCGCCCCAUGGGGAGCUGAGCCCGGUGCCCUCUGUACCCCACCGGACAGGUAUGGUGCCCUCUCUUCCCCUGAACUAUGCCCAGAGCCAGCCCUCCCUCUACAGCCAGGCGUGUGCCCAGGGCAUGGACUCCAAUGCCAGCUACCAGUGCAGCAUGAGGGCCAUGAGCCUGUAUACAUCAGACAGGACUGGGCACAUGUGUGUGCCCACCACCUUGGAAGAGGGCAUCCCAGACCACCACAGUGGAGCCUCGUCCCCCCUAAACUCCAUGAGCCUCACCUCCAGCCAGGAAGGUGUCCUAUCCUCCAGCCACCACCAACAAGGGGGCACUGCUGGCCAGACACCAUCCUGGUACCUCAACCAUGGGGCAGAGCUCAACCACCUCUCCGGGCACACCUUCAGCUCCCAACAGCAGACUUUCCCCAGCGUCAGGGAGAUGUUCAACUCUCACCGCCUUGGCAUUGAGGGUUCAGCCUUGGCAGAGCACCAGGUAGGCAGCAAUGCCAGCUGCCAGAUCCCCUACAGGUCUGCCCCCUCUAUAUAUCGCCAUAGUAGCCCUUACUCAUACGACUGCACUAAGUACUGACACCCCUCCACCAGUGCCAAUGCACCCAAAACUGGCACCAUGGAACAAUGCAAUACCCCCAUUACUGCCACCCAGAUGGACAGGAGACAAUCAUGGAUCACGUGACUCUACAUGGUUAUUUUUAGAUCUAUAACAUGAAGAAAUUUUAAAUAUACUUGAACAUGAAGAGAAAAAAAAAACAUACAAAAAUAUGGUAGGUUUACCCAAAAAUAUUAACCAAAAAAAGUUAUAUGGACCAACUUUAUCUCGACCACCUUGUCUAGAAAAUGUUGUGAGGAUUAUUUAAAACGUUCUCCUUUCUAUUCUAUAGAACAGCCUGUUAUUUAGAAACCUUUUAUCCCAAAUAUUUAAAGUUCAGUUCACUGGAUCUUUGUGCUUUUUUUUUUUUUUUUUUUUUUUUUUUUUACAAUUUUUCUUUUUUAAUUGUUAUUAUUUUCCAAAAAUUAUCUAAAAAUAGCAGUUUAUUCAGACUCGUCUAUAAUAAGUGAUAUUUCGUCCAGUUUAUGCCUUUUUUCUUAUUAAAAUUAAGAAUAUAAUUUAUUUUUUUCCCUCUUGUUGAAUUGAUGGUUUAUUUCUUACGUCUGUUGCUGUAUCUUGAAUUCUGCUGUCCUGAGACUGACCAUUCCUGACUGUUUUCGUGUCUUUUUUUUAUUUUAUUAUUAUUAAAUAAACACUUGUUGUGUUACAGCUA